CGCAAGAACUGUUGCGUUGACUGGUCAGGACAAACAUAAUGAAGUAGUUACAUACCUUCGAAAGCAGAACGAUGUAAUUGCCAGUAAAAGUGCCAACUAACGAUGAAGAUAGCGCUGAACAGAUUUUCUUGUGGUGCAGUAUAGAUAACUGCGUCUAUCGAAAUGAAAACUUUCAGCAUAGUUGGGGGUGUUCUAGAAACUCCUAUACACAAAAUCAGGAAGGCCCUGAAAUUAGAACAGAGUACUGCUGAAUCAGGACACCCUGUAGAUAACAAAGAAACCGCAUCUCCAUGGGUCAGACAAACAUUGGUGGCAUUGGGGCCGCUUAUACUGGAUAUAGGCCUAGGAAUGAUAUCUGGCUACUCAGCUAUUCUCUUACCUCAGCUACAAGCUGAAAAGAACAGCACAAUUGUUAUAGAUGAUGAACAGGCAUCAUGGAUAGCCUCUAUGGCAGCCCUACCAAUGGCAACUGGCUGCAUUUUGGGAGGUGUGCUAAUAGAAAAAAUAGGCAGGAAACACACUCACAUGCUGACUUGCCUACCGACCCUGCUAGGGUGGCUGCUGAUAGCUUUCGCUUGCAACACACGCAUGAUACUGGGUGGUCGCUUUAUCACAGGGCUUUGUGUGGGUAUAUUGGGUGCUGCCACUAGUGUAUACAUUGGAGAAACUUCCAAGCCAAAGUACAGAGGGUUUUUGUUAGCCGGGAUAUCCUUUGCAGUCUCGCUUGGUCUCUUCUUGUCCCAUCUUCUUGGUACCUUCCUCCACUGGAAAACCACUGCGCUUGUCUGCAGUAUCGUUCCCAUAAUUAGCCUGCUACUAAUGAUUUUCACGCCCGAAUCCCCAUCUUGGUUAGCUAAAAAGGGACAGCUCACUAAGGCCGAAAAAGCAUUCUACUGGUGCCGAGGCUACUCAGACGAAGCAAAAAAGGAACUAGCCGUGAUGCUGGAGGGUUAUCAAGACAAGGAACCGAAUCUAAAGAUGCAAAUAAGAGACUUUCUAGUACCAGAAUUCUUAAAACCUCUCGGUAUAAUCACAGUGUACAUAAUAGCCAACCAAUGGGCAGGUGUCAACGCUAUAACCUUCUACACAGUGUCGAUAAUGAAGAAAACUGUAGGAGAGGGGGUGAACGAAUACCUAAGCAUGCUUAUAGUGGACGUGAUCAGAGUUGUAAUGUCUAUUUUAGCUUGCAUCUUACUCAGAAGACUCGGUAGACGUCCUUUAGCUGUAGUCAGCGGUCUCGGAACAUUCAUGUCCUUAUUCACUCUCAGCGUCUUCACUUACUUGGUUACAAUAUAUCCAGCGGUCUCCAGCAUGGUUUACAUACCGAUGACCGCUCUCGUGAUAUACAUUUCGUUCAUUUCUAUCGGAUUCGUACCCCUGCCUUGGGCCAUGAUCGGUGAAGUCUUUCCUUUGAAAACUAGAAGUAUUGGCAGCGGGAUUACUUCAUUUUUAGCAUUUACAGCCUUUUUCUCUGUGGUUAAAACCAGUCCUGCCAUGUUCAGGGAUUUGGGCGCCGAGGGUAGUUUUCUAGUGUACGGUUUGGUGGCAUUUUUUGGUACAAUCUUUGUGUGGAUUUACCUGCCCGAGACGAAGGGCAAACCUCUACAUGAAAUCGAAGAUCAGUUUAAAAGUAAACGUGAAAUAAAAUGUGUUAAUAAUAACAGUAUUGUUCCCAAAGAGUGAUAUACGACGUGGGGUGUGCGGCGUUGGAUCAAAAUUUGUGAAAAUGACUUGAUUUUCUUUGAGUACGAGAAAAACGUGACAAAGUUUUAUUAAAGAAUUUCACUCAUACAGCAUUAUUCAUAUUGUUUUAUAAAAAAAAUAUACAUAUAAUCAUUUUGUGUGUUUUAUAAGGAUUAUUUUGUUAAUUUGUAUUUCCAAAAAUGU